GCGAAGGGACAUGGCAUAAAUGGCGAACGAGUUGGAGGAGGAGACAAGCAGGAGGCGGAGGGCGACGAUGGCGCAGUCCAUGGCCUCCGUUUCUUCUCUCAUCCUGAUCGCAAUGAAGAUCAUGCUCAUCUGCCAGUACUCCAUGUUCCCUUCCUCGUUCUCUUCACUUGCUGGCAAGGGUGUCUCACUUCUACAAUCGUCGAGUGACGCCUCGGCUUCGGCCAAGAGUGCGAUGCAUUCGCAAAGUGCAAUCAAGGAGGUCGCAAGCCGUCUGAAAAAGAACAUGCGAGCAACGAGCUCAGUGGCGGAGGAGGGUUCUGCAAGCUCGUCGAGGAAGCACGUGGAGUACAUGAAGAGUCAGAUCCACCAGCUGGCAAAGAGCAGAACGUCACACGCCAAGUCAGAACAUGGAGGAGGGGAGGGAGCGGACUCCGAGGGCCUACUUCCACCUGAUGACGAGACUGCUGACGAGGACGAGGGGAACUCGGACUUCGGCAUGGGAGGAGACGGCAGCGACUUGAACACGAUCCCCUUCAACGCAGCGAAGGCUCCAGAACAGAAGCUGUACCAGGUUGGGAAGCGAGUGCUGGGAUCGAGGGCUCGAGGAGGGCUGAGGAUGCACCGAGCACACGGGGGCCUGAUGCUUGCUUCGAACAGCACGGGGGGGGAGGGAGAGAAGGAGGAGGAGAAGCACGAGUUCUCAUGGGUGAAGGACUGGUGGACAGCUCGAGCUUGGUUCCUGUGGACUAUCUCGGGCCCGACAGUGACUGUGCUGAUCUUUGUUCUCAACACCCUCACUCAAGGAUGGCAAUGUGGACUGAUCUACGUGGGAAUCCUCCUCCCCCUCGACGUCGCUACUUACUACUGGGACAUCUACGCGUAUGACAAUGGGGAUGUAUUCUGGAUUGAGCUCACACUUGCUAUGAUGCUCAAUUGCUGCCUAUGCGCCUGUCUCGUACCCGCCUAUGCUGCUUACCGGCUCGAAGAGGAGGAGCGCAUGGGCGCCGGUCGCGGAUAUCAUUACGGGUAUGGCGCCACCUACGGAAGCUACCCGGGAGGAGGCGGAGGAGGCAACAGCACAUGGGGGAGCGGAGCAGGAGGUUUUGAGCCCUUCUCAGGGCAAGGACAGACGACAGGAUACGGAAGGGUAACGGAGAGGACGCAACUUGUGUAA